UUUCCCUUUCCGUUUAUUUUUUAUACUUCUACUCUAGCAAACGUUUUGAUAUGAUAUUAUUUCUCGCUUAGAAUGAUGAUAUCCUAUGACAAGUAUUCUACAACAAAUACUCCCAAUAGCUAAUCAAUGGCACAUUUCAUUAAGUGGAUGACCUUGUGUCUAAUCAAGCCGGUUCUCUUGUCGUUUCCUUGGCCGCACCUUUGUAGUAGUUGCUGCAUUACACUUGCCUCAACUCUGUACAUACCUCAGGUACCUUACCUAUUAUUAUUCGCUUGCAAGUACCUUCGCACCCUUUCCAUCACAUUCAAUGGGCCCAUGGGGAAGAGUCAACAAAGAUAUUCACACCAAGUUAAACCAACCUCCACAAGACAGAUGAGGUCACCAUUCUUUGCUGUGAUGCUUUAGCUUAACCAAGUUAUCUGAUGUAAGUACCGCCAUGACAGAACCCUUUCUCCA